AUGGAUAUCCAGGAGACUCAGCGUCUCCUUUCGGAGUACCUCCAUGAACUCGCCGACCUCUUCCAUCGUCUACCCGGUUCAGCGAUUUUUCUACGUUAUGUGAAGUCUAGUUACCAGAACGACCCGAUCCGCUCGGCUGUAGAACUCUUCCUCUUCUUGUUUGCGGUCCGCUACCUUCUCGCUCCGAAGUAUUCGACUAAACCGGGUGUGGUUCAACUUUCGGAGGAUGAGGUUGAUGAUUUGGUGGAUGAGUGGACUCCGGAGCCGUUGGUGGGAAAGCCUACUCCACUGGAGGCGAUGGAGGUUGAUAAGCGGACGGUCAUUGUUGGCCCAGUUGGACCCAAGUCUAAGUUGAGCAACGGUCGGACGGUCGCCAAUCUCGGUUCCUAUAACUACUACAACUUUAACACGAACGAGUCGCUCAAGGAGAAGGCCAUCCAGACUCUGCGAAACUACGGUGUCGGUCCUUGUGGUCCCCGCGGUUUCUAUGGUACUCAGGAUGUUCAUAUGAAGACGGAGGCUGAUGUUGCCUCUUAUCUCGGUACUGCAUCCUGCAUCAUUUAUGCGCAAGCCUUUUCGACAAUCUCCAGUGUCAUUCCUGCGUUCUCAAAGCGUGGUGAUAUCAUUGUUGCGGACAAGGGUGUUAGCUUCGCUAUUCGCAAGGGUAUCCAGAUCUCUCGCAGCAUUGUUCGCUGGUAUGAGCAUAAUGAUAUGGAAGACUUGGAGAGAGUCCUUGCAAAGGUUACCAAGGAACAAGCUAGGAAGCCUCUUACUAGGCGGUUCAUUAUCACCGAAGGUCUUUUUGAAUCUUACGGCGACAUGGUGAAUUUGCCUAAGAUUAUCGAGCUCAAACUCAAGUACAAAUUCCGUCUGAUCCUCGAUGAGACUUGGUCUUUUGGUGUUCUUGGGCGAACUGGCCGUGGUGUGACUGAGCACCAGAAUGUCGAUGCGGCGGAAGUUGAUAUGAUUGUGGGCUCGCUGGCCGGCCCACUGAUUGCAGGAGGUGGCUUCUGUGCUGGCUCGGAAGAGAUCGUCCAUCAUCAGCGUAUCUCGGCUGCUGCUUAUACUUUCUCCGCGGCACUUCCCGCUCUUUUGUCUACCACUGCUAGUGCUACGAUCAACCUUCUCCAGAACAGCCCCGAGACUGUGACGCAGCUGCGGGAGCAUACCAAGGCCAUGUGGGCCCAGUUGGACCCUCGCAGUGAUUGGGUUUAUUGCACCAGUUCCCCCGAGAACCCCAUGAUGAUUCUGGUCCUCAAGCCUGAGGUGGUUGCUGCGAAGAAGCUGUCCCUUGACGACCAGCAAUUCUUGCUCCAAGAUAUUGUUGACGAGUGUCUCGCAAACGGUGUUCUUAUCAGUCGCCUGAAGACUCUCCAGGAUAACUUCGAACCGAAGCAGAUUGUUCCUCCUGCCUUGAAGGUUUGCGUGACAAUCGGAUUGACGAGAAAGGAGAUUGAAAAAGCAGGAACGACCAUUCGCCACGCGAUUACGAAAGUUCUGAGCAAAAGGAAGUAA